UGAACAAACCGCAGUCUUCAAGGAGAGGGAGCCGAAGUCACAGUCGGCGCAAACGAACAAGUGACAUAAAGGAGUUGCAAUGGCAGGUAAACAAAGCAGAAAAAAUCCCAAAUUUACCAUAGAAGACGCCUUUGAGGAGGAUGCUGACGAUGCCAUCCGACUCUACGGUGCCACGAAUGAGCGCUCGCCCUUCAGACCUAAAGAUCGUGACGGAAUAAUGGGCGUGGAUGAUGUUUCCAUGAAUAUGGAUGACAGUGUUCUUGGAAGCAAAGGCUUUCUCACGGUUCCUGAUGUAGAUGCUAUUUCACGUGACAGUGAUUCUCUCAUACCGGGCGAUGCCAGCAGCUUCUCAGAAUCUCCAAGAUGGUGGUUCCUCCACCCUAAGGUUCGGGAAAAGUGGACUCUUGUGGCUGGGGCCUUCACGCUCCUCAUCUUGGGAUUGACCCUCCUUGUGACCGGCAUUGUUGUGCAAGUCAUACCCAUUGAAGGAGUCUCAGGUAUUGUAUUCAUCAUUACCGGCCUUAUAUGCUUCAUUCCCGGGGCAUACCACAUCGUCUACGUAAUUUUUGCAGUUUCGGGUAGGCGUGGCUAUGACUUCUACAAUCUUCCACUCUUCAACUGAUACAUUCUCCGGGAAGACUUCUAUGGUUAACCAGAAAUGGAAAGGAAAUGUAAUAUUGUGCAUGCAAUGAUCAUAUAAGGGAAUUCUUGUAUAUGUUCAGUUUCGUACUAUUAGUUCAAGAAGUCAGAGGGAGAUCAGAGAUAAAUAAGUACAUACAUGCACCACAUGAUCUUUCUUUUUCGUAUGUAAAUCUCUGAAGAAUGUGUUUUUUGCCCAAAGUGAAUCUCAGUAUUUAGACGAAUCACUUCUUGGUGAUAGUAUCCCAGUAACCAAAUAUUACAUAAUCUCAGUGAAACAUUUUCCUCAAAACCUGUGCCAAUGACAUAGAUUCAAAUAGAAAAUGUUGGAGAAUGACCAAAAAGGAGUUGUAAUGAAAAGGGCAUUUUAUAAAGGUAGAAAUACCACAUAGAAAGAUGGAAUGUUUGUCACUGUAUAUAACCAUGUUUCUGUACUUUUGUAGUUUCUGUAUCAUGAAUUCAUGAUUGAUGUAAUGUUGAUGAUGGCAUCUGUUUUGGCAGGGGUCAGUGAUUCUCAGUAUUCUCUUGCCAUUCCCUUUUUUUGAAUUUUCAUUAUAUGAGGAGUACCAGUACUUAUUAUUAUUAAUAUUAUUAUUAUUUUAAUGAAAAGUAAGUAUUAUAGUUGGAUCAUUGGAAUCUCUGGCUAGUCUCUCACUUCUGAUUUGUCAUAUGUAAUUAGUUUCUGGAUGACAGAAAAUGUUACUAAAUAUCCCAUGUAGUGCUACAGGGGCACAGCAGCAUUUGUUAUGUGUGCAAAUAGGAAAAGCGGAUUUAUAUAAGAUUAUUAUGUAGCUAUAUUAUAUUCUUGAGACAAGGUAUUGUUGCCAACUAUUCAGAAGAUGAUGUUGGAUGUCACAUUGCAGAAGUAAAUUAUGAGAGAGCCAUAUAUGCUGUCUUAUUAGUAGUACAUUUUUUUAAUGUUAGGUUUAAGCUCAUGUCCCAUUUUAUCUUUCUUUUAUUUAUCUCUAUUUUAAAAGAACCACAACAUUUUUGUCUUUUCAUCAGUGUCCAGUAUCCUAAAUGGAUACUGAGCAUUAGAUUUUAUACAGUGGAAAGGAAAGGAAGGAAUUGGUGAUUAAAAAAUGGGGUAAGUAAACUUUUAAUGAGUCGUGUGGAUGAUGAUACAUGAAUAUUUCCUGUACUAGUCAGUUGAGAUUUUUUGCUGUUAUGCAUGGGCCAGUGUGUUCAAAACAUGUAUGCUGUUUGUACAUGUAAAGUCAGCAUCCUCAUAUGCUGUUUGAUAUUAUUUCAUUUUUCGCUCAUUGGCUGGUGCCACUUAAGGUUUAAAUGUUCUAAAGCUGUGAUUUCAUAAGAAUUGUAUUUGAAAUUAGGUAGGUCAUAGUGUUCAUUUUUAUGUUUUUGUUUAUAAAGUAGAAAAAUAUUUUUCCCCCCAAGGAUAGACAAGAAAAAGAAAUGAAGGAAAACUUUCUUUUCUCUCCUCCUGUUCAAAUUUGUGAAUAUAAUUUUACCUCUCUCUUUGAAAAGCACAAUAUAUAUAAGUAUUGAAAAUGCAACUAAUCCUAUUUUGUAUAUGUAUCAAUGUAACCAUUUAUAAUAAACCCACUGUAUUUAUUAGCACUAAGAAGAAUGAAAAAGGUAGAGACAUUUUCUCUGUCUAAGGAUUUUUUCAUAUUACAGGGGACAGCACUUGCUAAAAAUUUGCAUGAGUUCCUGACUCAUUUCUACUUAAUCUAUGCUCAAAGUAAGAUAAAGGGACUGUAGAUGGUAGUGGAUGUCUUCAAAAGUAGUUUGUUUAUACCAGCAUCUGAACUUUUGUAAGCAAAGAGUGUCAUAUCUGCGGCGUGUGUUUCUACUAAACUGUCGCCAUGUGCCAUAUGAUGAGAAAGAGCAGAGGGUGCCAUAGUAUAUAGGUGAGAUAGGGAAUGAUAUCUUUGCUUUUUCUCUUUCUCAAUCACACUCUAAGGUUGCAUGAGAAGGGGUUGUCUGAGGCUUGGGUCUCAAAAAUUUAUUUUGUGUGUGCGUGUGUGUGUUUUUAUUGUCAAUUGUGCAGAGCUUUGGAUACUGUUUUUCAUGAUUAUUACUAGGCAGUAUUAGCACUGCUUUAUAUACAUCAUUGUUUUUGCUUUAUUUUUAUUUUUUUUUACAAUUGUUCUAGGAUAAUGAGAGUAAUGAUAUUUAUGCAAACAUAUUUAUUUUGCAUUUUUGGGGGGAAAUAAAUGAUGCUAAUUGAAAAGAACCAAAAUAGCAUGACUUAUAUUUAAGCUUCUGUUGUUUUUUUGUUCUUUUUCUUUCUUCAUUGUGUAAGAUCAUUAAGUGUUGGCAGUAAUGACAUAUGUAACAGAAUGGAAUGAAGAAGAUAUUACUAGAUUUGUUCUCCGAAACUUUUUCAUAGCCGUUUGAAGUUCAAAGAAUCAAUAAC